AUGGAGCGAGACAGUUUCACUGCCAAGAGGCGCGCGGCACGAUCCUCGCCGCAGUUCCAUCUCGUUCUCGCCGCCGCUCUGCUCUUCUGCCUGCUUCUCGCCUGGCGCAGCGGCAGCUUUUCCCUCCGCGCACAGCUCGACCGCCCGCCCCAACAAGCGGCAAAUUUCGAUUUUCAGCCAGACAACGCGGCCCAGGUGGUCCUGACGCCCGUGGACAAGGAUAUGGCACCCCGCUCUGCCUCGAUGCCCAUGCGCAUCAUCACCUACAACAUCAGGUACGCCACGGAGAAGCAGGUGGCCGAUGAAAAGCCCUGGACGAUCCGCUGCCCAAAGCUCUGCAACCAGGUGCGCUUCAUCACCACGGGCCACGAGAACCCCUUCCUGUGUCUGCAGGAGGCCCUCCAUGCGCAGGUCAACGAUGUCCAAGCCGAGCUGGGGCCCUCGUGGGCCUUUAUUGGCCGCGGCCGCGAGGAGGGCGAGGCAGACGGCGAGUACUCGCCCAUCUUUUAUCGCUCAGACACGUGGAAGUGCACGCGGAGCCAGACGCGCUGGCUCAGCCCGACGCCCGAGGUGCCCUCUCGCGGCUGGGAUGCCGCCUUCAGCCGAAUCGUCACCAUGGGCGAGUUCUUGCACAACGAGACGGGCACCAGCGUCGUCGUCAUGAACACACACUUUGACCAUGUCGGCUACCGCGCGCGGACAGAGAGCGCCAAGCUGCUCAUCAAGUUUGCAAAGGAGUGGGGUGCGGGCGAUGGGGUAACGGCGCCGCCGUCAGCCGUCUUGGUCGCCGGCGACUUUAAUAGCCCGCCCGACGAGGAGGCCUACAAGGUCAUGACGGCGCCAGGGUCGGGCAUGUCCGACAUUGCCAAUCUGGUGCCCAAGGAGAAGCAUUACGGGAACAACCUGACUUACACGAGCUUCGGCGAGCCCAACGAGCCGCCCCUGCUCAUCGACUUUCUCUUCAUCCAGGAGCCUCGCACGGCCACCAUCAACACGUUUGGUGUGCUGGACAACAGCUUCGACGAUCGGCUUCUCCUGUCAGACCAUCGGCCUGUCGUGGCCGAUCUUGACGUCAAAAUCUAG